UCCAGGUACCUCUUCCCAAAAAUGUUCCGUACCCUUUUGAUCUGUUUUUUCUUGAUGGCAGCUGUCAGCAUCACUAGCGCGUAUAUUCUCGACUAUGAUGUCCCGGAAAGACAAACCCGUGGUGACGUCAAGUCGGUCUUCUUCUCGCCAUUCCGCAUGGUUGGAAAGAGAUCUCAGUUCUAUGGUCUCUAUAAGCAGCUCGGUCACUCAAAACGAGAAACUUCAUUGGAAUGAUUUGAUUACUUUUUAAAAAAGAUAAAUAAAGAAUACCUGUUAUUUAA